AUAAUUAACCCAGUUAACAUGAGUGUAGUUCCUGUGUAUUAUUGACCAGCAGACCAGCAAGGCAACACAAAACACAUCAAUAAUUCAAAGUUAUUAAACCACAGGUUUUCCUGAAAUUGGGCUACAAUGCCACAAUCGAAGCACAGAUUGUGGACCUCUAAAAUAUAAACUUCAAUUUAUCAAUCAGUCUCUCCUGAAAAUAUUUAAAACAUAGAUGUAUCCGACAUUUAGAUUCAAAGGACUAGAGAGCUGCGAGCAGUAGCAACAGGAAAGAUUUUGAGUGCAAAUAAAGUUUGAGCAUUUGAAUCGGAAGCUGUCGUAAAGCAGCCGUUUGUUUUGUCGUGCAGCUGCAGGUUGCCAUAACGAUAACAGUCAAGAUGGCAGCGAUGGCGGCUGGAGAUGAGCAUGCUUCCUCUGAAAUAUUGAGAGGACUCGCCAGACAUUUAAAUUGUCUAAACGAAGACAAUAAGUCGACAAGGAAGAGGGCUCUGGAGCUGAUAAAGAGGGAGACAGUAGAUAAAGGACUUUCCAGCAGCGUGUUACAGGAGCUUUUCUCUGCCCUACUCAAGCCUCUCCUUAAAUGCCUGUCAGACCCGAUGGAAAGAUGCAGAGAAACCGCACUAACAAUGACAACAGAGUUUAUUCGUUGUGUCCCUAAACCGGAGGAGUCGCUGCCUUAUCUAAUGCCCUGUCUGGCUCAGAGGCUCGGGGAGAAGGAGACCCUGGAGACGGCGGAAGAACUCCGGCUGUUGGCUGUGGAGAUGUUGACUCUGACGGUGGAGGUGUGCGGGAAGCAUUUAGCCCCAUAUCUCACAGACAUGAUCAACAUACUGCAGAGAACCAUCGUCGAUCCGUUCCCAGAUGUCAGGAGAGAAAGUUGCAAAUGCACCAUAAACGUGGCAAAGUCUCUGCCAGAGCACUUUCACAUGCAGGCUGAGAGCCUCAUGAAGCCUCUCAUGGAGACGAUUGCUCAUCAACACUCACGGGUUCGAGUCUCAGUCAUCGAAGCCACCGGGGCUGUCAUUCAGCACAGCAACGGGAAAAACGUGGAUGACGUGCUCUCUCACCUGGCUCAGAGACUGUUUGAUGACUCGCCACAGGUGAGAAGAGCUGUGACUGUGGUCGUUGGUGAUUGGCUACUUCAAAUGAAAGACAGAUACUCUUAUUUCCACAAACUCGUCCCACUCUUGCUGACCUGUAUUAGUGAUGAGAUCCCAGAAAUAAGCUGUCUAGCUGCUGAUUUAUGGAAGCAGGUAGGCGCCCAGUGGGAGAAGGAGAAUGAAGACGAUAUCAAGGACAAGUUAGACUUUCUUCUCUCCCAACCUCCAUUCUACCCACAAGGAGUGGAGCGUCCAGGGCUUGGCUGCAGAGAGCUGGUGGUGAGACACCUGGGUCGGCUGGUGCCGGCCAUUAGCAACGACAUAACGGACUGGCUGGUGCCCACGCGGGUCAGGACCUCUCAGCUGCUCUCCCUGCUGCUGCUCCACGCCGAGGACCACAGCGUCCAGCAUCUGCAGCCCCUCCUGGCCAUCCUCUACCGCGCCAGCACCGACGCGGAGAGGGACGUGGUCAGCAAUGUUGUGUACUUGGAGCAGUUGUUGGGCUGUGUGGAUGCACUGCUGUGUCAGAGCGAGUCAGACUGCAGUGCAGUGAGCCUGCAGCUGCUGCAGGUGCUGGUCACUGUCCAGAGCCUCUGUCCAGAGCCACAUCUCAGCGAAAAGGCGUUGGAGAGCGUGCAGUGUUUGUGUAAGGUGCAGGGUCUGGACUCAGUGAAGGAUCUCUAUAGACAACAUAUGGGCCAGCUGCUGGGCUGGCUGUCGGCCUCUGUCAACACCUGGUCCAGUUACUCCCCGCAGAGACUCCAACUGCAUAUCAUAGUCAUACAAUCAG